GACCCGGAAGGGACAGUUUAUGCUGCUGGCUUCACGUAGGUGAAAAUGAUUCUGACAACAACACUAUCGCGUGUCAAACUAGUUAGCUAGAUAUUUGGUUGAAAAGUAAUGAUUGUGUAACACUGACAGAUAAAUUACAAUCAAAACACCGUUAGAUUGUCACAUCUGCAUAGACUGUGGUUGCUAGCAAAAGCACCGACAGGGCAAGUACACUGUACUACGCUCGCAUCAACUCAACAACAGCGCCGUGGAGGACUAGCUCGCUGGCUUGCUAGCUACUGUUUCCUCCAGCGAAGUGGCUCCGAUGGCGAAAAACACUCUUUCGUCGCGAUUCAGGAAACUCGACAUAGAUGAAUUUGAUGAGAACAAAUUCGUGGAUGAUCACGAUGAGGCUGUCGACAAUCAAGGACCCGACGGCUCGGAGAUAGACAACCUCAUCAGGCAAGGCGACAUGAUGACAGCUUUUCACAUUGCUCUCCGGAACCCUCCUCUCAACACUAAGAAUCCAGCAAUAAAGGAAAGGGCUCUGGCAAUAGUGCUGAGAGUGUUGACGUCAUUCAAGUCCAGCGAUAUCGAGCCAGCUGUCAAGUCGCUAGACAGAAGCGGGGUGGACCUGCUUAUGAAGUACAUAUAUAGAGGCUUCGAGAAGCCCUCUGACAAUAGCAGUGCCAUUCUCCUACAGUGGCACGAAAAGGCUUUCGCAGUUGGGGGCUUAGGGUCAAUCGUAAGAGUUCUGACCGCCCGAAAGACGGUUUGAGGGGACGUGCUUUAUCACAUGGAGCAUCUCCUGCAUGACCACUGACAAGAGUGACUGCCUUCUGUAUAAGGGAAAGUAGCUUAUAAUUACAAUACAUUUCUUCCUGAGAAUAAAACCCCUUACACUACAUAAGUUAAAGACAAAAAAACAAACAAAGGGAGCAUUAUUUUCUGUUAGAAAAUAUUUAGCUGUAACUAAGGAAAUUGAUACAUGUUCAUGUAUAGGAUUAUCAUUUUUACCUAAUCACGAGGUUGUCGUUCUUUCACCAUUGCAUUUCUGUUUUAAUAUUCAUAAGUAUCCGCAUGUUUCUUUGAGGGUGGGGGAAGGAAGAGUUUCCCUAAUGACAUGAACAUGGCAGGUAAAAGGCUGUGCAUCAACUGUUACUUGGUACCAACGGUACCUUUAUACCAGUGUGUGUGUGUGUUGUGUGAGCUUGCGAGUAUGUCCUUUGGCUCACAUCAGUGUUGAAUAUUUAGAUUUGUUUUUCUCAUUGUCAGUUUUGUACAGACAAAAGUACAUUUAAUAUAAAGAGAUUCAAUUAAUUGAUGGGUGGGGGAUUUCAUUGUAAAGUGCCUGCUGCAAUAAAACUCAUGGAUCAUCUUAACUGGGAACAA